AUGCAUUCACUGAUUACGGGUACAGACUGGGUUCCCAUCAAGGUGCAUCCUAAACUUUUCCGCCUCACUUGCAAGUUGUCUGCUGUAAUCCUUCUUUCUUCUGACGCGGCGCGCGACGACCGUUGGUUAGAAUUUGAAGACGAAUACAUCAACAAUGCCCUAUCAUACAUAACUGCCUUGAAAAGCUGGCCGAAGUUCCUGCGGCCUUUGGUAUAUCGACAUGUUAAAGGUUACGACAUCCUUCAGCAGCAGUGGGCUACAGGCCAAAACAUCAUCAAGAAGUUCCUCGACCAGAAGAAGGCCCAAGGUUGGGAGCCACUUCAAAAACCUCCAUCUUUUUUCGACUACGUCAGCUCGCAAAACAAGAAUCUGCCUGUGGAUGAUCAUGUCAGUAUGCAAAUAACGAUGUUCAUUGCAGGAGUCCAUACCUCAGCUGCGACAGCUACCAACGCACUCUACGAUGCCGCUGUUGAUUGGGAUCAGAUGAGGGAGAUACAGAAGGAAGUACGAGAGACGUACAGGAGUUGCUCCGGAAAUUUCACUCGACAGGGUCUGAAUCAAAUGGUCAAGCUCGAUAGCUUCUUGAAGGAAGUGUCAAGGUUUAGCUCUCCAGACUUAACGACUUUUGCUCGGAAGAGCUCCAGCUCGAUAACGUUGUCCAACGGAUUUCGAGUUCCCAAUGGAGCGAAGCUCGAGGUUGCCACCGGGGCUAUCUAUCGUGACGAACAAUUAUACAAGGAUCCAUUGAGUUUUAAGGCAUUACGCUUCUAUGAGAUGCGUCAAGGGGAGAACGCUCAGACAAAACAUCAAUGGACUAGUGUCAGUCGAAGAGAUCUGGAUUGGGGCUACGGUCGACACGCUUGUCCUGGACGCUACAUGGCAGACAUCACCGUCAAACUGAUAAUGAUUGAACUCUUCUUGCAUUAUGAAUUCAAAAGUCUCCCGGGGCAAGGGCGACAUCCAAAUAUCGAGUUCGACGGACAGGUAUGUUCUGAUCCAUAA